AAACACACACGCUCUCUCUCAUCCACUCAUGGCUCCAUAUCUCCUCCUUGUCCUGCACAUCCUUUUCUCCCUCACUGGAGGUACCCAGAGUGUGUCCACAGUGAGUCAUGUGUCUGUAAAGCAAGGAGGCUCCAUCACCAUCCCAUGUCUCUAUGGUCAGAUAUAUAGAAACCAUGUGAAAUACUGGUGUGGGGGAUCUAGUUGGCUAGGUUGCUCUACUGUAGUACGCACUGACCAUCCUAAGACCAGUGGUAAGACCUCAAUCUCUGAUGACAUCAAACAGCGAGUCUUCACUGUGACAUUGACAAGUAUAAGUCCUCAUGGAGAUUAUUAUUUCUGGUGUAUUGUGGAGAAGACAACGAAAGAUGAUGGGGUUCAACUGCAGCUAUCUGUUACUCCAGGUACUCCAGAACUCUAUGUGGAUCAACAAGAAGUGUCUGGAGUUGCAGGAGGGAAUGUCACUGUGCGUUGUUACUAUAGUGAACCCGCAACCAGAGGGAGGUGGUGCAGGAUGGGUGGGGGUGGAAAAUGUCUGCAGAAUUCUGGAAUUCUAGAUAGAACAUCUGUGACAUUACACCAGCAGACCAAUGUUGUCACCAAUGGCAGUGUUUUAACGGUGACUAUGAGUGCACUGAGGAUGGUGAACACUGGCUGGUACAGGUGUGAAAAUGGAGACCAUCAGAUGCCUGUUCAUAUCACUGUCAAUCAACAAACCACAAAGCAAAAUACCACCACCUUUACCCAACACAUCUCUGCUGGUAUAUCCGGAGAAUCUGCAGUCUCUUCUCAGCCGCCAGUCAACAAAAUCCAGACCAUUAAUUAUUCUACAGAUUGGAACGUACAUUCUUCUACCUGCUGAAAGCUGGUAAUGCACUGCUCUUCCUCCUGUGCACCAUCAUUGGAGUGGUGAAGUUUAGGAAAAACCGACAUCAAGAUGAUACCAAGCAUGUAUAGAAACGAAAGAGGUAUGUCUGGAGUGAUCAAGGGCCAAAUGUACCAAUGGUUUGCACCAAAUGCAAAGCUUGCACCUUUUUUUCCCAGUACAGGGAGGAAAAAAAUGAACUACAAUAUGCCGCUGUCAUUAGGCUUAACCUUAAUGUAUUUUUCUUUAUCAUAACCUUCAUUUGACAUAUUUGUAUACCUUAAAUGUUUAAUUCCCUUAGAAUAAGAAUAGGGUAUCAGAUUAUAUUCCCAACAACACAUCGUACACAUUGUAUUUUCUAUAUCAGAAAUCUGUCCAAACACCACACAUUACCAAUAGCAAUAUCUAUACUUGAUGUGUGUCCUCUAGCUUUAUCUGUACAUGAUGUAAGAUUCAUUUUAUUCUAAUUAUUAUAUUAUUAUGUGCAUGUGUUGUGAAAUGAAAGUCUUGUCCAAUGUGUCUCUAACCCUUUUCCUGAUGAUUAUUUCUUAUGGUUUAAUGUAACAAAUAACAGCCUGGGUGAACUGUUCCAUUAAUAAUUCCUCUAGCUUUAUAAAUUAAAUACUUUAUAUCCAUGCUAAUGAACUAACUUGUUAAUAAACAUUGUGAAUUAAGAAACUAGAACAACACAGGACUCAGAAGUUAAUACAUGACUGAGGUUAUCAAUGUGUUGAGGAAGGGGAGUAAACCGCAAACAAUCAUCAAAUAAACCAGCAUA